GUAGCAGCCUCCGGGAAGAGAUUGAGAUUGAUCGCCGACGCCCACACACGGGAGGAGAGUGGGGAGAGAGAGAGAGAGAGAGAGAGAGAUGACACAACAAGGCUUCGUGGAACUUUAAUGGCCGCUCCCUCCUCCUUCUUCUCUUCAAUUGAUUCAUUCCAUUUCGUUCCUAUGUGUUCCUCUUCUCCGUCUCUUCAAUGAUCCUAUGUCUCCGCCUCUGCCUCAGAGCUUCCAGAUCCUUCUUCUCCACUUCCACUUCCUCCACCAACACCAACAACAAAACCGUCUCCAUCUCUAAGCUACGCCUCCUCUUCCUCCCCUCCUCCUCUCCUCCUCCUCAACCCCCGAAUCUCGAGUCCCAUUACGCUCAUCUCAUCUUGACUUCCCACGGCUACAAUCCCACCAAUCCCAAUCGCAACUGGUCUCUCCGCCGCUUCCAUCCCCUCGUCACCGACCCUGAUCUCCUCAUCAGAGUCCUCGCCAUGAUCCGAGACAAGCCCGACGUCGCUUUCCACUUCUUCAAGUGGAUACAGAGCCAGCGCGAUCUCAAACAGUCCCUCCUCUCCUUCGCCUCCAUUCUCGAGAUCCUGGUCGAGAACGAUCUCAUGAGCAAAGCGAUCUGGGUCGCCGAGAGGAGCAUCGACCUCGGUAUGCACGAGAUUCACGAUCUUUUCGUUGUUGAUAAAGGAAUCGCUCGCAAGAUUCUUGAUCUCUUGCUCUUGGUUUACGCCAAGAAGUCUAUGGUGAAGCAUUGUUUAUUAAUCUUUGAUAAGAUGAUUAGUAAAAGGUUUUUGCCUAGCGUUAGAAACUGUAACGUAGUUUUAAAGGUUCUUAGGGAUAACAAGAUGGUCGACGAGGCUCAAGAGGUUUAUAGUAAGAUGGUGAGGCACGGCGUUACGCCCACGGUUGUCACCGUGAACACUAUCCUGGACGCUUGUUUCAAGUCUUCUGGUGACGAUUUGGUGGUGCAGAGAGUUCCCGAGAUUGUGUCGGAAGUUGUGCCUAAUGUUAUCACUUUCAACACUAUGUUAGACUCUUGUUUCAAGGCUGGGGAUUUGCAGCAGGUGGCAGAGAUUUUGUGUGAGAUGGAGAGGAGGGAGGUCGAGGCUACAGAGGUGACUUACAAUAUACUGAUCAAUGGGUUCUCCAAGAACGGGAAGAUGGAGGAAGCGAGGCGGUUUCAUGGAGAUAUGCGGAGAUGUGGGUUCCCUGUUACGUUUUACUCGUUUAACCCUUUGAUUGAAGGGUAUUGUAAGCAAGGUUUGUUUGACGAAGCUUGGGGGGUUGUUGAGCUGAUGCUCGACGCGGGUGUUUCUCCCACGACGUCUACUUAUAAUAUUUAUGUACGCGCGCUCUGCGAGUUUAGGAGAACGGACGAUGCUAGACGGGUGCUGCUUGGUAUGUCGGCUCCUGAUGUUGUGUCUUAUAACACUCUGAUGCAUGGGUACGUUAAGCUGGGGAAGAUUAGAGAGGCUUUUCUCUUGUUUGGUGAGUUGAUUGUUAGGGACAUCGGUCCCAGCGUUGUCACUUAUAAUACUCUGAUGGAUGGUCUGUGCGAGUCAGGGGAUUUGGUAACUGCUCAGCGGUUAAAAGCUGAGAUGUUCAGGCAAGGGAUUGAUCCUGAUGUGAAGACGUACACGACUCUUGUAAAAGGGUUUGUUAAGAGUGGGAAUCUAUCCUUGGCUACUGCAAUUUAUGAUGAGAUGUUGGAGAAAGGGAUUAAGCCUGAUAGAUAUGCGUGCACUACAAGGAUCGUGGGGGAGCUGCAGCUUGGAGGUACGGACAAAGCGUUUCGUCUGCAGGAAGAGAUGGGGGCUAAGGAUCAUAACGCUCGAGAUCUGAUCACAUAUAACGUUUGUAUAGAUGGACUCUGCAAGGUUGGGGAUCUAGAGAAAGCGAUUGAGUUUCAGCGUAAGAUUUAUAGAGAUGGUCUCGUCCCUGAUCAUGUUACUUACACCACGGUUAUUCGUGCUUAUUUGGAGAAAGGUCGGUUUAAGAUGGCCAAGGUCUUGUAUCAAGAGAUGCUGAGGAAAAAGUUAUCUCCCUCUGUGGUAACCUACUUCGUGUUGAUUCAUGGUCAUGCCAAAGUGGGGAGGCUACAGCAAGCGUUUCAGUAUUCAGGCGAGAUGGAAAAGAGAAACGUUCGUCCAAACGUCAUGACGUGCAACGCUCUUCUACAUGGGAUCUGCAAAGCUGGUGAGGUAGACGAAGCUUACAGAUACUUCCGCAAGAUGGAAGCAGACGGGAUUCCACCGAACAAAUACAGCUAUACUAUGCUUAUAAACAAGAACUCUGACCUCGGUAAAUGGGAAGAGGUUGUCGAGUUGUAUAAAGAGAUGCUAGAUAAAGAAAUUGAGCCGGAUGCUUACACACGCUGGGCCUUGUUCAAGCAUUUGGACAAAGACCACGCAUCACGAGAGGUUGAGUUCCUUGAAAAGAUAUUACGCAGUUGAUGGGGAAGCAAAAGUUGCUGACUUUGAAUGAACAUAUUUUUCUUGGAGCUGGCCGGUUUUGUCCCUGAGUGCAUAAUUUUACAAUUACUAUGCACAAAGAUCUUACUGAUGGCUCAGCUUGAUUGGUAGCUACUUCUUCAGGGGAAAACACAGCUCUAUGCUAUGGCCGGAAUCGAUCCAGUGUUGUUGAAGCUCUCGUUUACAUUUAGCAUAUAACUCACUCUUACCUGCAAGUAUGGCGCUAUUAUUUUUACACAGCAGAGGCAAGAAGAACAGGAAUAAAAAGAUGACACAUAAAUGGUGGUGUUGUUUGCAAGAAGAUUCAUGUGUAUUUGUUUAAUUCUUUUGAAAACAUUUUUGUUUUUUUGAGGGAAAGAGAGAAAGUGUGAAACACAUAACUUCAUUGUAGGACAUUUAUGGGAAGAAAGCGAAAGUAACAAGGCUCUGCUUCUCUCAAGACUCUUGAGCAUGUUUUAGGUAAACAUUGUAGUCAAUGCUCUGUUUUGUAAUCUGUCACUCAUUCUUCUUUCUGUCACUCUCUCAUUAAUCAUGAUACACUUUGGGUCA